UUGAACCCUUCGUUAGUUAGGACUAAUACAAUAAAGAAACAACUAUGACAUCAUAAUAAUAAUGGAAAAAUAUUUUAAAAUCUAUAAAAAAUAUUAUUUUUAUUGUAUAAAUUUUAUAUUAAAAUCUAUAAAUCAUAUUUUUGAUAAAAAAAAAAAAGAAAAAGAAAACAUAGGUGUUUGUUUAUUUUUCCUAAUAAUAAUGAUAAGAACCCCAAAUCCUUUGUCAUGGGUAAGCGGGAAAGGGUUUAUAAAAGGCUGAGCCGAAGUUGAGAACUAUGUGGCCUCAAUUACUGCAUCAAAGGUGCACUUGUCCAUUCUUGAUCGAGUUUCGCCGCGAUAUCAGGUUAAUUACGUGAAGGCCCACUCACAGGCAAUCACCUAAUCACCCUCAUUUUGCCAUUUUUUUCCACAUUUUAAUCAUCCAAUGGUGUAGAUUUUACGUUUUGCUCAAAGACUACCUUUUUUUGUUUUGUUCUUUUUCUUCUUUUCGUCCCUCCUAUCACACAUUCACAAGUAAAAUGCAUUCAGCAUUAGCGAUCUUUUCUUAGUGAUGGGUGCUGCAGAAUUUUUCACCCUCUCAUUAAAACCCUUCUUUUUAUUUUUUUAUUUUGGUAAGCAAAACAUAUAUUUAUAUCUUUCAUUCAAAAGUAGACCAUUAUUCUUUUUUUUUUUUUUUUCUACGACUACAGUUUUUGAAAAAUGAGUUCUUCUUCUUCGUCAUCAUCUUCUCUUUCUCCAUAUAACAAAAAGGACAAAUGCAUCGACAUGGAGAGAGUAGCUCCUUUCUUGUUGUCUUUUUUAUUUUUGACAACCAUCUUCAGCUUGUUCCUUCUUUAUUCUCCAAAUCCUUUCAAGCCCAUUAUUCCUAAACAUGACCGUGAUCAAAAGCUCCUCUUGAUCAAUUCACAAAAGGAGGAAGAGAACUGCGACUUGUUUAAAGGUCAGUGGAUACCAGACCUUAAAGGGUCUCAGUAUACAAAUUCAAGUUGUACAACAAUUCCCAACUCAAAGAAUUGCUUUAGACAUGGAAGGAAAGAUGCAGAUUUCCUUUACUGGAGAUGGAAACCAGAUAAAUGUGAUCUUCCAAGAUUUGAUUCUAAAGCCUUUUUGGAAAUUGUUAGAGGGAAAGCACUGGCAUUCAUUGGUGAUUCGGUUGCCAGGAACCAUAUGGAAUCUCUACUUUGCCUCUUGUCACAGGGGGAAGUUCCAGUAGAUGCAUACAAAGACACUGAAGAUAGAAACAGAAUAUGGCACUUUCCUAACCAUGACUUCACCCUUAAAAUCCUAUGGACAAAAUUUCUUGUAGCAGGCGAGGAGAGAAUGAUCAACGGUUCUUCAUCAGGAGUUUUCGACUUGUAUCUAGAUAAAGUUGAUGAUAACUGGGCUACAGACCUUCAUACCCUGGAUUACAUAAUCAUCUCUGACGGCCAUUGGUUUUUCAGACCGAUACACUUGCAUAAAGGUUCAAAUGUGAUAGCAUGUGUCUACUGCAACGAACCAAAUAUCACCGAUCGAGGAAUUAAUUUCGCAGUAAGUAUGGCAUUUCGAGCUGCAUUGAGUCACAUUAUUCACUGCAAGAAAUGCAAGGAUAUUGUGACACUGGUAAGGACAUUCUCACCAUCCCAUUUCGAGAAUGGGUUCUGGGACACUGGAGGGAGCUGCAACAGGACAAGUCCCUUCAGCAAGCAGGAGAUUGACUUUGCAGCCCGUGAGUGGGAGCUUAGGAACGUGCAGGUAGAGGAGAUUGAAAGAGCAAACAGAAAAAGGAGACAAGGGAAGAGAUUUAAGGCUUUAGAUAUCACCAGGGCUAUGCUUAUGAGACCUGAUGGGCAUCCUGGCGCUUACUGGGGCAACAAAUGGAUGAAGGGUUACAAUGAUUGUGUCCAUUGGUGCUUGCCAGGUCCAAUCGAUUUGUGGAAUGAUUUGUUGCUUACUGUUCUUAGGAGACAUGGAUGAUUACUUGUUCAACUGGGAGGCUGGUUAGCUAGAAGAGUAUACUCAAUUUACAGAUUAAUAAUGUCAAAAAAAUUUUGUUGUGUCUUUGGACAUAUAGUUAUUUCAGCUGAAAAUUUUAAUCAUUACAAGGCAAAUAAAAAGUAAAUAACAAUGUUGACAUAAUUGUUUUUCUGA